AUGCCCAACACAACAUUACGGCGGCAGCCGCAAAAAGGCUUCCGCCAAGGCGGCGGCAAGAAGGCCUACCAUGGCGGCAGUGGCACCCGCCCACAACGCACCUUUGCCGCCGGCAGCGGCCGCAACGAAGGCACCUCGGCCGACGAGAAAUGGGAACGCACCCGCCUCGCCCACGCCAUCGACGAGAAGAUGGGCUUCCCGCGCUACGAGGGCGGCCGCAAACGCGAAGGCUGGCUCGUCAACAUCGAGCCCACGUCCAUCGAGGACGACCGCGUCGAGGGCGGCGGCGGCCGCGCUGCCGUGGACCUCUACUUUAUCGACCUGCACCCAGACGGCAACGCGGCCGCAGGGCCCGACGCCGACGCGACCACCUUCAAGGCCACCAUCGAGUACGAGCCGUACUUCUUGGUGGCCGUCCGCAAGGGCCACGAGACCGAAGUGGAGGAGUGGUGCAAGCGCGUGCCCGGCGGCGGCGGACUGGUCAAGCGCGUGCGCCGCGUCGACAAGGAGGACCUGCAGAUGCCCAACCACCUGCUGGGCUACCGCCGCACGUUCUUGGAGCUGCGCUUCGACAACGUCCAGAACCUCAUGGCCGUGCGCCGUGACAUUAUGCCCAUUGCCGAGGCCAACAAGAAGGGCAUGAACGCCAUGGACACGUACGCCGAAGUGGCCGGGUCGACGUCCAUGUUGGGCGGCGGCGGCGGUGACAGUGGCGGUGGUGACGGCGACAGCUACGACUACGGCCACGACCUGUACGAUGACGACACGCGCAACGCCCACGCCGACGACCAGGCCCGCCGCACCAACACGUCCGUCGCCGAGGCCAGCGACUACAUCGUCGACAUCCGCGAGUACGACGUGCCCUACCACGUCCGCGUCCUCAUCGACAUGGACAUCCGUGUCGGCAAGUGGUACGCGGUCGACGUCAGGCACGGCGUCACCACCGUCGCCUGCAAUGCCGAUCGUCUCGCCAUGGCCGACCCGGUCGUCAUGGCCUUUGAUAUCGAGACCACAAAGUCCCCCCUCAAGUUCCCGGACGCCACCAUCGACCAGAUCAUGAUGAUCUCCUACAUGAUUGAUGGCCAGGGGUUUUUGAUUACCAACCGCGACAUCGUCUCCGAGGACAUUGCCGAUUUCGAGUACACGCCGCGGCCCGAGUACCCCGGUCCGUUUAUGAUUUUCAAUGAGCCCGACGAGAAGGCCUUGUUGGAACGCUUCUUCCUGCACGUCAAGGAGGCCCGUCCGACCGUCAUCGCCACAUACAACGGCGACUUUUUCGAUUGGCCGUUUGUCGAGGCCCGCGCCAGCGCCAACGGCAUCGACAUGUACCACGAGAUCGGCUGGCGCCGCGACAGCGAGGAGCAGUACAAGUGCGACUACUCCGUCCACAUGGACUGCUUCCACUGGGUCAACCGCGACUCGUACCUGCCGCAGGGCAGUCGUGGCCUCAAGGCCGUCACCGUUGCCAAGCUGGGCUACGACCCAGACGAGCUCGACCCCGAGCUGAUGCUGCCCUAUGCCCAGGAACGGCCCCAGACGCUGGCCGAGUACUCGGUGUCCGACGCCGUCGCCACCUACUAUCUGUACAUGAAAUACGUCCACCCCUUCAUCUUCUCGCUCUGCACCAUUCUGCCACUCAGUCCCGACGAGGUCCUGCGGAAAGGCACAGGCACGCUCUGUGAGAUGCUGCUCAUGGUCCAGGCCUACCAGAAGGAGAUUGUGCUGCCCAACAAGCACGUAUCGCCCAAGGAAUCGUUUUGGGAGGGCCAUCUGCUGGACGCCGAGACCUACGUGGGCGGCCACGUCGAGAGCAUCGAGGCCGGUGUCUUCCGCGCCGACAUCCCCGUCAACUUUGCCGUCGAUCCGACCGCCUGCGACGAGCUGAUUCGCGAUCUGGAUGCCGCCCUCGAGUUUAGCAUCACUGUCGAGGAGAAGAAGUCCAUGGACGACGUCACCAACUACGACGAGGUCAAGGCGCAGAUCGUCGCCCAGCUGCAGAACCUCCGAGACACGCCCCACCGCAGCGAGCGGCCCCUCAUCUACCACCUGGAUGUUGCCUCCAUGUACCCCAACAUCAUGACCACCAACCGUCUGCAGCCCGACUCCAUGAUCAAGGAGGAGGACUGUGCUACCUGCGACUUCAACCGGCCCGGCAAGACGUGCGACCGCCGCAUGCCCUGGUCCUGGCGUGGCGAGUACAUCCCCGCGAAGCGCGACGAGUACAACAUGAUCCGCCACGCCCUCGAGAACGAGCGCUUCCCCGGCAAGGGCCCCUACGCCACUCAAAAGACCCGCUCCUUCCAGGAGCUGUCGGCUGACGAGCAGGCCAGCCUGGUCCGCAAGCGCCUGCAGCUGUACUCCCAGAAAGUCUACCACAAGAUCCACGACUCCAAGACCAUCACCCGCGAGGCCAUCAUCUGCCAGCGCGAGAACCCCUUCUACAUCAACACCGUGCGCGACUUCCGAGACCGCCGCUACGACUACAAGGGCCGUGCCAAGGUGUGGAAGGGCAAGACCGAGUCGCUCAAGUCGGCCGGCGCUGCCGCCUCGGAAAUCGACAGUGCCAAGAAGAUGAUUGUGCUCUUCGACUCGCUGCAGCUGGCCCACAAGGUGAUUCUCAACUCCUUCUAUGGCUACGUCAUGCGCAAGGGCUCGCGCUGGUACUCCAUGGAGAUGGCCGGCGUGACCUGUCUGACGGGCGCCCACAUUAUUCAGAUGGCGCGUGAGCUGGUCGAGCGGCUGGGCCGGCCCCUGGAGCUGGACACCGACGGUAUCUGGUGCAUGCUGCCGGCCACCUUCCCGGAAAACUUUGCCUUCAAGCUCAAGAACGGCAAGAAGAUGACCAUCUCGUACCCCUGCGUCAUGCUCAACCACCUCGUCCACGCCCGCUUCACCAACCACCAGUACCAGACCCUCGUCGACAGCAAAACGUUCCGGUACGAGACCCACAGCGACAACUCCAUCUUCUUCGAGGUCGACGGCCCCUACAAAGCCAUGGUCCUGCCCACGUCCAAGGAAGAGGACAAGAACCUGAAGAAGCGCUACGCCGUCUUCAACGACGACGGCAGCUUGGCCGAGCUCAAGGGCUUCGAGGUCAAGCGCCGUGGUGAGCUCAAGCUCAUCAAGAUCUUCCAGCAGCAAAUUUUCAAGUUCUUCCUCGACGGCUCCACGCUGGCCGAGUGCUACGCCUCCGUCGCCAAGGUCGCCAACCGCUGGCUCGAUGUGCUGCACAGCAAGGGCGCCACACUCGCCGACGAGGAGCUCAUGGAGCUGAUUUCCGAGAAUCGCAGCAUGAGCAAGACGCUCGAGGAGUACGGCAGCCAAAAGUCCACGUCCAUCACCACGGCCCGCCGUCUCGCCGAUUUCUUGGGCGAAGGCAUGGUCAAGGACAAGGGCCUCAACUGCAAGUUUAUCAUCUGCGCCCGCCCCCGCAACGCCCCCGUCACGGAACGCGCCGUCCCCGUCGCCAUCUUCUCGGCCGACGAGCCCACCAAGCGCAUGUACCUCAAAAAGUGGCUGAAGGAAGAGCCCCAGGACACGGACCCCCGCGCCCUGCUCGACUGGGACUACUACCUGGAGCGUCUGGGCUCGGUCAUCCAGAAGCUCAUCACCAUCCCCGCCGCCCUGCAAAAGAUCCGCAACCCCGUCCCGCGCGUCGCACACCCGGACUGGCUGCAGCGCCGUAUCAACAUCAAGGACGACAAGAUGAAGCAGAAGAAGCUCACCGACCUGUUUGGCAAACAAACCGGCCCGCUCGAGGACAUUACCAACUUGAGCAGCAACUCGCGUCUCGCGGGUAGCGCCGGAGGAGGCGCCGCCGCGGACAUGGAGGACUUUGGGUCGCUCUCGGCGAGCCAGAAACUGAUCAAGCCGACGACCACGGCCGGUGCAGUGGCCGAGAUGCUGACGAUUGAGGAAGAGGAGACCGCAGCAGCCAAGAACCCCGCAUCGUCGCCGACGGCCGCCCAAAAGCGCAAGUCGCCCCCGGAGACCGACGACGCCGCGUCGCUCGACCCAUUUUCCACGCUCCCCAAGGUGGCACCGUCUGCCAGCGAAGACUACAUUGCCUUCCUUGAGUACCAGAAGAAGAAGUGGGCCAUCCAGAAGCAGGCCCGGAUCCGCCGGCGUCACUUGUUUGGCGACCGUGCUGGUGGCGGCGGCGGCGGCGGCGGCGGCGGCGUUAUGCAGCAAAAGGCCAACAGCAUCCAGCAGUCGUUCCAGCAGCGCGCCGAGAUCACGUUCCGCAACACCUGGCAGCUGCUGCAGCUCAAGACAACCGACAGCCCCGGCAUCGUGGCAGCCUACGUGCUCAUUGACGCGCGCAUCCACCACGUCAAGAUCAAGGUGGACCGCCAGGUCUUCCUCAACCUCAAGAGCAAGGACCUGCCCGACAUUGAAAUCCCCGGCUGCGAGGUCGAGCAGGUUAGCCACACCCUGCCCAACGGCCACUCGUCCGUCUACCUCUUCAAGCUCACGGUGUCCGAAGACGUCUACUUUGCCGAAGCCGAAAAGUUUGCGCUGCUCUUCAACCACCCCAGCGUCGAGGGCGUCUACGAGCGCCAGCUGCCCCUCAACGUCCGCGCCCUCCUGCAGCUCGGCAACCGCUGCACCAUCGACCAGUCGCAACAGGGCGUGCUCGGCAAAGGCCUGGACCAAGGCUUCGACCUGACGGGCCUGAUCCGUCCGCCCAAGACGCUGCGGCCGUACCUCGACCCCUCGGCCAUGGCCUACAUCCACCUGUCGCACAUUAGCUCUGGCGAGCGCCAAAUCUUUGGUCUCUUUUCGACCACCAACAGUCAGGCCCAUGUCGUCGUCCUGCACAAGAACCGCGAUAGCGUCCAGGACAUGCCCAACGUCGGCAAGCUGUACGGCGACAUGCUGGCCCGCCGCCGCGACGCCGAGGCCGAGGCCCAGGCGGGCGCCACUCCUGCAGCGCUGGCGGCCCUGUCUUCGGAAGCCGAGAAGGAGGCCGCUCGACAGGCGGCCGCGGCAGCCGCCACGUGGCGCGAGUGCUUCCCGUACCAGGAUGCGCUCACUGUCAAGGUCACGCAGGUCACGACGCGCCGCAAAGCCUUUUUGGAGAUUGGUGACGUUGUCAAGAAAAUGCGCAAGGAGGAGAUUGGCCGCCCGCAGAUCCUCGUCGUCCAGUCGUCCCAGCGCAACAUGCUCGUCCACGACAUCCCCGUGCUGGGCGAGUUCCCUGUGCUGCCGCUCAAGUACGACCCGCUCGACAGCUCGCUGCCGCCUCUGGGCUGGCAGUCGGUGGUCGCCCGCCGCCUCGUCAGCCACUACCUGGCCCUCGGCGCAUGGGUGCUCCAUCUGGUCGGCCUUGCCCGCUACGGCGACGUCCCCGUCUGCAACCUGGAGCGCGACGACCCGCGAUUCCUCAUUGAUGUGGCCUAUGCGCGCCGCCUGCAAAACAACAAUGUCGUGCUCUGGUGGUCCGGCAGCCCGCGGCCCGACCACGCAGGCUACGAAAAGGACGACGUAGCCGGUCCGCUCGAGACGGUGUCGCUGCCCAAGAUUAACAACCCCGGCACGUUUGCGUCCGUCUGCGUCGACAUUGACGUGCGCAAUCUGGCCAUCAACACGAUCCUGACGUCGUCGCUCAUCAACGAGCUCGAAGGUGCCGACGCCGCCGUGUCCUUUAACCCGGCCGCGGACGCAGGCGGGGCGUUUGGUGACGAUGCCGACGGUGGCGCGUCGACGCUCUAUGCGGAGAAUGCCUUUUCCAAUGCCAGCAUCCUCGUCCUGCGCGAGAUGGUCAAGGGCUGGUGGGCCGAGGCCUGCCGGGGCAACGCCAUGGCGGACCUGGUGGUGAACAACCUCGUGCGCUGGGUCGAGAACCCCGACUCGUUCCUGUACGACCGCGCGCUGCACUACUACGUGCAGAUGAUGUCGCGCAAGGCCUUCCAGCAGCUCAUGGCCGACUUCCGCCGCGUCGGCUCGCAGGUGAUUUUUGCCAGCGCCAACCGGCUGCUGCUGCAGACGACCAAGGCCGAGGUCACCAAUGCCUAUGCAUACAGCCAGUACAUUAUCAAGAGCAUCAAGAGCCGGCCGCUGUUUAGCUUCAUCGAGAUGGACAUCAAGGAGUACUGGGACUACCUCGUCUGGUACGACGAGUACAACUACGGCGGCAAAGCCUGCCAGACCAUUGGCGGCGGCAGCCUCGGCGAGCUCGUGACGCUGCCGGACGGCACGCGGGUCGAGGCCGAGCAGCCGCUCGAGACGAUUAUGCACUGGCAGAUGAAGACGUUUUUGCCGGUGCGCCUGCAGUCCGUCUUCUCGGACUGGGUCGUCGAGUUUGUUCAGCUGAUGCACGCGCUCAAGCGGCCCGCCGCAGCGGCCAACGGGCAGCACGGGCGGCACGGCAGCCAACCGCGGCUAACCCAACUUCCGCCCGCCGUCUUGCACGGUGGAAGCGGCGACAUGGCGGAUGGCAGUGUCGGCAAGGCGCUGCUGGGGGCGUCGUUUGAGCGGCCCCUCAAAAAGGAGAUUGCCGGCUUGAUUUCCACACGCAACCGGGAGAUGCUGCACCCCGAGCUGGCCUCGGACUACGACUACCCCGUGCUGCCCGGGUCGCUGGUGAUGCCUGCCCACAGGGACACUCGGUCGUCGUCGUCGUCAAAGAAAGUCGUCGCGGCCGUUGCAUCGCGCGACCCCAUCCUCGAGCUCGUCAAGUCGCUCAUGCAGGUCCUGUCGCUGGACAAGAACAUUACCAUGGAGGCCCGCCUGCUGCGCAAAGAGCUCCUGGCGCUGUUUGACGUGCGCGAGUUCAGCCGCGACGCCGCCUUCCAGAACCCGUCGGAGAGCCUCAAGCUGGCCCAGGUCAGCUGCGACAACUGCACCACAGCGCGCGACCUGGACCUCUGCCGGGACGAGGAUCUGCUGCCCGAUCCGCAGGGCGGCGGGGUCCCCAAACCCUGGACCUGCACGUUCUGCCAGGCCGAGUACGACCGCAUCGCGCUCGAAGAACGGCUCGUGGCCGCUGUCGAGGCCGAGGCGCUGGCGUGGUCCGUCCAGGACCUCAAGUGCGGGCGGUGCGGCGCGCUGCGCGUCAACGACUUUAUGGACCACUGCACGUGUUCGGGCGAGUGGGGGCCGACGGUGCGGCGCGACGAGGUGGUGCGGCGGCUGCGGGUAUACAGCAAUGUGGCGACGUUUUACGGCCUGCGGAUGCUGAGCGAUGUCGUGAAGGAGGUCAUGGGUGGGCUGUAA